AGAUUAUAGUUUGCGCAAACUGAAAGAACAACAAAAUAUUCACAAUGACAACAAUUUAUAUUUCCAUGAAUUAUUGUGAAUAGUUAUUCCUCGCCAAGAAGAAGCAGACAUACAUCAAAAUCAGCUUUAUGGCCGCUGCGGAACAGGAUUUCAAUGAUUUACUGGACAAUAUUGUAUUAGCCGAAGAAAAUAUAGUGCGGGAGAGCUACGAGGAAGGUUUGGAAGUGGGUCGCACACGUGGAGAGCAAGAAGGUUAUGAGCUAGGCUAUGCGCAAGGUAUACAACUUGGCAAGGAACUUGGUGAAAUUUAUGGCACAGUUGUGGCACAACAACAACAAAAACACAGUGAAAAAGUGCAACGUGCAUUACAACAAUUACGCGCCAGCAUAGAUCAAUUUCCACGCGAUAAUAAUCCAGAAGCCGAUAUAAUUGGCAUGGUGGAGAACAUACGCAUGCAAUAUAAACGUGUGCGUGUAUUGACGGCUGGCAAGGUGGGAAAGACAACGAAAAAAGUAGAAGACAACAGCAGUAGUACUAGUGGUGCGGCAGAGAAAGCCAAAGAUUUUUCUUUCUAA